AUGAAGUCCUCUUUGCUGCUCCUGUGUCACUUCUGGCUGUUCAGCCCCACACCUCUCUCACAGGCAUCAGACUUGGCACAAGGCACCUCCAGUUUAACAUGUUGGUAUGACUCACGGGCAGCUCUCUUCUGUGACUGGAAGCCAGGCAAGGACCUGGUUGAAGCACCAUGCCAGCUAGAGGUUUUGUCGACCUUCCGUCUUUGUGACAGUUUCUCACAUAAAAUAAUCAAGAAGCACUGCGAGUUACCCAAGGCAGAACACAUGACAGGACUGAGGAGAUGCAUCAAGACCUUCAGUAAAAACAGCAAUACUCAAUGCUUCACCACUGCAGACCGUCUGACCUUGUCUGUCCACUGCAAGAUUGGAGAGAACAGGUCUAUACCUGUGCGAAUAGAAAAUUUCAGUCCACUUGAAAAUAUAAAGCUGAGGCCUCCAGGAAAUCUUCAGCUGGUUAGCAAAACUGACAAUACCUACAACUUAACGUGGAGCCUGAAUAUUUCCUCUCACUAUUUGUACGGGGAGCGGGAAUAUCAAGUGCGAUAUCGGACCACAAAUCAGUACUGGGAGGAGGCCAAGAACUUCACCAUUGUGCAGGAUCAGAUGUGGGCUGUGCUUGAGAGCCUCUCCCCUGGCUUGAAAUACGAGGCAGCUGUCCGUGCAAAGCCUGGUGCCUUGAGUAUCUACAAGGGCGUCUGGAGUGACUGGAGUGAGACGAUUCUGUGGAGGAUACACGCCCACCAAGGAUCCCGGACAGUCUUGCCAGCUCUUAUAGUGAGCACCUGCAUCUUUGUGGUUAUUGGGACUGCUUUCCUUCUUAACUUACGGAAUUUGAAAUGGUUGAAAAAGAUCCUGAAGACUCGCAUCCCAGACCCUGAGAAGUUCUUUCUCCCACUAUUUUCAGUUCAUGGAGGUGAUAUUCAGAAAUGGCUCUCCUCCCCAUUCUCCACCUCCUCCUACUGUGUGAACAGUACAACCCCAGAGAUCUCCAUGCUUGAGGUGAUGCAGAAGAAUGACCAGGAAUCCCAAUUUCUACUUUCCAAGGCAACCCUGACUCCUGAUCCUCCCUUAGAAACCAGUGGGCACUCUGUAUCCAGUUGCUUCACCAACCAAGGCUACUUCUUCUUCCACUUUUCCAACUCCUUUGAGGUAGAGCCCUGUCAGGUCUACUUCACUUAUGAGCCUUUCACCCAGGAGGGCAGUGGCAGUGAGGAUGGUGAGUUUUAUCAUGCUCUCCCCUCCCCAGACCUCUGCACACUGGCAGAAGACAUGUCCCUGUUGUCCCAGAACUUUCUUCAUUGUACUAAGGCAACCCAGGGCUUCCAAAAUGGCUCCUUCAUGGAAGAGACAGAAGGUAAAGCCCAACAAACUAUGGCUAUUUCUAAGGCUCUGCAGUCAAGUGAAGACACCUCAUCAGCACCAGUUCUAAAGCAGGAUGAGAAGGUGAUGGACAAAACAGCUUCACAACCUGCUGAGGCCCUGUGCCAGCUGGAUACUGACUUUCCUGACCCACCAGAUCUUCAUGACAAAGACACUAUUGAUGCAAUGGAGGGGAAUGGAAAGGCAGGUCCUCUGACUGAUCCCUGUACACCAGCAGCAAACAGUGUCUCUUCUUUUUCUCAGCCUCCACCUCUAGAGCAAAGCCAGGAUGAGAAUCCAUGCAGAGCAGCCUUCUCCAGCCAGGUCCCAAACACUGGUUCCUACCUUUCUCUGAGGGAUCUCCAAAGCCAGUACAGCAAUUGUUCUGUCUAG